AUGGACGACGACAUCGCAGACACAACCAAAGCAAACCCAGCCGACACUGCCCCAGCCGACAACAUGUCCGACACAGACGCGUCGACCAGCGCCGCCCUCCGCCGCGUCCGCACGGCCGCCAUCGACGGCCAGGCACACAACCCCGUCUUCCGCAAGACGCAGCUGGCCAAGCUGCACGCCGCGCUGGUUAAGGACGGCGAGCGCCUGCAGCAGGCGAUGCUGGCCGACGGCGAGAGCGCGGGUGUACGGGCGGCGGAGGUGGCGGUCGAGUACAGCCUGGCGCUGCAGUGCGUCGCGGACCAGUUUGCCGGCGUCGACCCCGUGCAGGCGCUCAAGGACGAGUAUGCCGUCGCCCGCGGGCAGGACGCGCCGCAGAGCCGCGUGCCCGUGGGCGUCGUCGUCGUCGAGACGGCGGAGAGUAGUAGCCACACAUACAUGUUUAAUGUGUUGUCGGCCGUGGUGCCGGCGCUGGCCGCGGGCAACUGUGUCGUGGUGCACACGCCACAGACGCUGCUGCAGACGCCGCGCCUGGUGCUGCAGACGCUCGCGGCCGCCCUCGACGUCGACAUCUUUUGGGCCAGCACGACGGCCACGGCCGCCCCGACCGACGCCGCCCUGGGCCACCGCCACGUGCGUGUUCUGCAGGCGUCGGCAUCGACAAGUACAGCAGCCACAAUACGCGCCCCCACCGCGCUGCCGCCGGUCGUGUCCCAUACCAGCCGCGUCGUCGCCAUUGUCGAGCGCGAUGCCGACAUCGCCGCCGCCGCGACGGCGCUCGUCCGCGCCCGGUUAUCGUUUGGCGGCCGCGCGCCGUAUGCGCCGGACGUGGUGCUGGUGAGCGAGUGGGCCAAGACGGACUUUUUGGCGGCUGCGGCACAGGCAGCCGCGCAGUUCACCGCCGAGGGCGGCACCGCGGCGGGCGAGACCAAGACCGAGACGACCAAAGCGACGAGGGCGAAGGCGGCAAAGGCGACAAACGGAAGUCAGCGCGGUGACAGCUUCUUGGCCCGCCUGCAACACGACGCCGCCGCCCGCAUCAUCGCGCAGGGCGCCAACGGCACCGUCGCCAGCAUCGAGGACCGCGCGUCCGCCGCCCUCGACGCCAAGAUUGGCGAGCCCCUGCUGGCCGUCGUGGCCGUCACCAGCGUCGACGACGCCAUCGACCUGGCCAACCGCCUGGGCGACCGGCCCCUGUCGGCGGCGUUUGUCUUUACGGCGUCGGCCCCGGCAGCCAAGUACAUGGGCCAGUUUGUGAAUGCCGACCUCGUCGUUGUCAACCAGUUUCCGGCGACUUUACUAGGUAUGAUGCCACCAGAUGAUCCUCUUCUUUUUGUUUACUCUCUUCGAACAUCCGCUCACCAUCACCAUCCAGUCGGCCCCGUCGCCCCGUCCGGCCACAGUCUGUCGCCCCCGUGGACCGGCCGCUACACGACAGCCCACUUUAGCCUGCCCAAGCCCCAGUUCAUCGCCGUGCCCAAGACGCGUCCAUUGGUGGACAGCAUCCUGCUGGGUGGCACCGCGCGCCAGCUCCAGGAACUGCAGGCCAAAACGGCGGCCGCUCUUGUGCCGUUCGAGCGGCCGGCCAAGGCGGCCUACGUCGGCUUUUUCGAGCAGGGCAUCAUCGUGGGCGGCCUUCUUUUGUUGUCGAGUGUCGCCACGGGCACGGUCCUCUGCCACGUCCUUCCCCCCAAUCUGAAACGGCGCACACGGCUGCAGUACGUACAGCAUGCGCCCCCAUUCCGUGUCGCUGAGGUUGCGCCACGCGUGCAUGGUCCCGCGCUGCACGCAGACGUCGCCCCGCUGCAUGACGCGCGUCUCGCCCGAAUCGAGGAUCAGCUCGACGUCGCCCUCCAGGACCACGCCGUAGUCGAGGCUGACGGUCCGGUGCAUCGCCGACGUCGACCCGGGCGGCAUGUCGACGUAGCGCAGGACGGUGCCGCCCGAGACGGUCAGGCCCGGUGCGUCCUGCAGAAAGUCGCGAUAAACAGCCAGGUCGGCGCCCGUGUCGUGGACGCUCGCAUUGGCGGCGUCCUUGGCGCCGAGCUCGACGGGGAAGCCCCGCGUCACAUAGGCCUGCGCGAAGCCGACAUCGGGGACGUGCGGCAGCUGGUAAAACGGCGCGUCCUCGGAAAUGUCCUUGUCUUUGAGCAGCACCGCCUGGCCGGCCUCGUUGUGGGUGGUAAUGAACCGCUUGGGAAGGCGGAGCUUGCCUUGGUGAGCCAUGACGAGGGGGGAAUGUGA